AUGGCUAUUGCGGGGGAUGAAAAUCAGGAACUUGCUGAUAGAAGUGUCCCCUUGGUAGACAACUAUAUUGAUCUACCAGAGGAAGAUCCCCAGGAGUCCGUUCAACAUGCCAACGUCGUAAGCUUCUGUGACCGAGCUACCGAAGGUGUAUAUGAAUUUAUCAAAAACGCCAUCAUUGGAUAUUCCAAAACGAUCAAAUCUCCCGAUGAGCAAUCCCUCAUCCAUCAUUUUCUCCGAUUCUUCGACGAAGAGAUCCAAAAGAUUAUUCAGAAUAAUGUUCAUGCCGCUGGAGAUAAUGCAUUAUCAUGGAAAGUGGCAGAUGAAUGCUACAAAGAAGCCAUCAGCCCUUCGGGUAUUCUCAACGCUGAUCGCUAUUUCAACGAUGUCAAGAAUUCCCUACCAAGACGGCGUGCUGAUUCUGUUUCUGGAAACCAAGACCAUGUUUUCAAUAAUAAAAGAAAACGAGAAUGGAUAGAUUCUUGGGUCACAAUCCUGAACCGCGCACCUAGUGGACUUACACUGUUCUAUCCUCGAACGAGUAACGAUAUCGAUCUCACCAACCCAAAAACUAUCCCGCCUUACCUGUUUCGAGUUUUUGACAUGAAAAGCUCUGGAAACAACGAUGAAGAAGUCAUGGCAUCUUCCAUACAUGCCUCUCAAGUCCGAACAAGUGGCGUCAAUGACUUACUGGGUAUGGAGGACGUGAAGGCGACAAGAUUGCUGUCUUACCAUAUUGAUCAUAAGUGGCGUCGCAAACUCAAAAAUGCCGACAUCAAUAUAUGUAUGGUACAAACCAGCCAGUUUCCCCAACGACAAUUUGUCCGGGACAUCGAGUUGCUCAAAAAAUAUCUUCCCAUUGCCAAAGAUUUGGAAGAAGAAGUAGAGAAAGGUUUCCGUCGCCGUCUGUAUCAGCCAGAUUUCUACAAUGGCGAGUACUUCUCGCAGGGAGUAUUGAACCAUGCAGGCCGAUCGUGUGUAGUUUCUCUAGAGCAACUGGAAGAUGCCGGUAUCUUCAAAUUGUACCCGGCAUUAGAGAAUCCUAGAGACGACUAUGGUGUUAUUCGAAACGCAUUAAAAGUACUCGGUCUACGUCGAGAGUGGUCUAAUGAGCAGACAACAACCGAAAAUGACGUCCCAGAUGCGCUUUCCAUUGCACGGAAGUGCUUCCCUGGUUUUAACGAAUACGAUGUAGCUUGCAUUCUAUUAGCUUUCAAGCACCGCGAACUAUCAGACGGACUUGAGCUUACCACCAAUCGGGCCCCAUCGUGGGCCAACAAGCUAGUUGAAGUCAAUCGGUAUUGGCAGAUAUUGGAGACACGGAGGCAUUUGAGAGAAGAUCUAGGGCGCGAGGUGUAUCUGCAACACGACAUUUACAAGGUGACGGGUCGUAGUUCGCCGGAGCUGGUGACUUUUCUUGAUGACUACGUGUAG